GUUCUUUUUCUCUCAGUGUGCUUUGUCAAAUGCCAUGUCAGUAGACGUGUUUAUAUUUUUGUGCGAAGAGAUGCUGCUUCUGUGAAAUCUUUUUUGGAUAAUUAUGAGCAAAAAUAGCCCACUAAACGCGAGUGCAGAGAUUGCAGAAUACUUGAGAAAUAGUAAGAAGAUCGCAAAGCAGCAUGAAGUGCUAAAAUCCAUCACGGAGACUAAAUUGAGUGAGAUUCUGGCCAGUCAGACGCAUCUUCGUGAUAUACCCUUUGACGUCACACUGGAGGAAGUGGAUGAACAGAUCAGCCUUAUCAGGGGUCAGUCAAUUACAGUGUUUGUGACGCGGGAAGCUCUUCCACCGUUUAAAAUUGUGAUUCCUCAAUCUGGGACAACAGUGCGUGAUCUCAAGAGGGCAAUUGAGAGAACUUACAGACUCAAUCAGAGGCGUUAUUUGCGCCGUGCGUGUCAGUCAAAAUUGCCGACAGAAGUGCGUCAAGAGGCACAAGAAGGUGCGGAUAGAACGCAAAUCUCUUGGCGAUACAUCUGGCGGACUUACAUGCUGGCUUACGGUGGCAUUAGAUUAGCCGACGAUAAUCACCUGGUGGCCAGCUACGGGAUUGGGAACAGAGACGAAUUGCGCUUUGUGAAGCGAAAGCGCGAUAAAUGCUCAAAACACUGACCUCACCAAUGACUUUUGGGCUCAAUAGUUACCAUGCUUGGCGGUUGCUGCUGCUCUGUGGCUUCUUUUUGGGGGCUCUGGGUCAGCUGGAGCCCAAUAAUAAUCUCAAGAUAAAUGUGCAUGGGUUAGAAUUGACACAGGCACAGAAUAUACAGCGACAGGAGAUGCUGCAGAAGAUGUGUGACUCUCUAGAUGUGGCCAAUAGUGUCACACCCGAUGAUCUCACGGAUGAACAGAUGGAUCAUCUGUUGGUGGACAAGAAACACAGAUUUCUCUAUUGCUAUGUGCCAAAGGUGGCCUGUACAAAUUGGAAGAGGGUCCUGAUGAUACUCACGAAUGCCUGGAAUGGUACUGAACCACUGCAAAUUCCUGCCAAAUUGGCUCAUUCCCCGGGGAUAUUUGUCAAACUUAAUGCUCUGUCUGCGGAGGAAAAAGCCCAAAUCCUAUCAGACUAUACACGUUUCAUUGUCACUCGGCAUCCCUUUGAGCGUCUCCUGUCAGCAUACAGGAAUAAACUCGAAGGUAAUAUGCCCAGUGCACAAUAUUUUCAAGCUCGUGUCGGUCGACAGAUUAUUAGGCAUUUUCGCCCAAAUGCCAGCAAUGUUUCUCUGGCCACCGGGAAUGACGUCACAUUCAGUGAAUUUGCACAGUACCUACUCACACCAGAACUCAGUAAAUCAGCAAAUCAUUCCUUCAAUGAACACUGGGAACCCAUCACGAACCUCUGCAAUCCCUGCCUGAUCAAGUACAAUGUCAUUGGGAAGUAUGAAACACUCAUUGAGGAUUCUGCUCUAGCACUCCAUCUCAUUAAUGCAUCAGUGACCUUUCCGGCUGGACAACGGACAUCCGGGACGAGUGAGAGGAUGCGAACUUACUUUGAUACACUGCCCAUUGGUACCCUAAGAGGACUCUACCAACUCUACGAGAAUGACUUUAAACUCUUCGGUUACAGCCUUGAUGAUGUUCUUGGCUUUGAAUUGGGCUGAUAUGGGCUCUUUUGGCCCAUCCAAAAAAAAAGUACUAAUAAUUAUUACUUAAUACAGGAUCAAACAACACCGUAUAUGACAAAAAUUUUAGGACAGAUUCAAUGAUUGUGAUAUGGAAUGAUUGUUGAAAAAUAAAUACUUUUGUAUAGUAGUGUUUAAUACAUUGACGAUAAAGCA